GAGAUGACCCAUUUACAAGCUGGGCUUAGCCCAGAAACUAUAGAAAAAGCCCGCCUGGAACUGAAUGAGAACCCAGACAUUUUGCACCAGGACAUCCAGCAGGUCAGGGACAUGAUCAUCACCAGGCCUGACAUUGGGUUUUUACGUACGGAUGAUGCCUUCAUCUUGAGAUUUCUCCGAGCCAGAAAGUUUCACCAAACGGAGGCCUUCAGACUGCUGGCUCAGUACUUCCAGUACCGCCAGUUAAACCUGGAUAUGUUCAAAAACUUCAAGGCAGACGACCCAGGAAUCAAACGGGCUCUGACCGAUGGCUUCCCGGGCGUGCUGGAAAAUCGCGACCACUGCGGCAGGAAGAUCCUUCUGCUUUUUGCAGCCAACUGGGACCAGAGUAGGAACUCCUUCAUCGAUAUCCUUCGGGCUAUCCUACUCUCCUUGGAGGUGCUCAUUGAAGAUCAGGAGCUUCAGAUAAAUGGCUUCAUUCUAAUUAUAGAUUGGAGCAACUUCUCCUUCAAGCAAGCCUCCAAGCUUACACCAUCUAUCCUCAAACUGGCCAUUGAAGGGUUGCAGGACAGCUUCCCUGCCCGUUUUGGAGGAGUCCAUUUUGUCAACCAGCCCUGGUACAUCCAUGCCCUGUACACCCUAAUCAAACCUUUCCUCAAAGACAAGACAAGGAAAAGGAUCUUUCUCCAUGGGAACAACCUGAACAGCCUUCACCAGCUCAUACACCCUGAAUGCCUGCCCUCUGAAUUUGGGGGGACUCUCCCUCCCUACGACAUGGGGACGUGGGCUAGGACGUUGCUGGGUCCCGACUACAGCGAUGAGAACGAGUACACCCACACCUCCUACAACGCCAUGCACGUCAAGCAUGCUGCCUCCAACCUGGAGAGGGAGGCCUCCCCCAAGCCCAUGAAAAGGUCCCAGUCUGUGGUGGAAGCCGGCACGCUGAAACACGAAGACCCUGGGGAAAAUGAAAACACCCAACCCCUGCUGGCUCUGGACUGA